AUGGACACCGUUGAGGAAGAAGAGGAACUGGUUCCGUUGAUCAACCCACAAAUAGGCAAUGAUUAUCGAAAUCAACACUGUUUCGAGUGCGGCGGCGGCGGCGGCGGCGGCGGCGGCGGCGACUGCCUUCACCGCCUCAAGCACCGUGUCAUCGUUCACUGUAUUCCACAAAUGGUGUACAUGAAGGGGGAUGAUAACGUCGGGAUGGAUGGCCAAGCACUCACCGAAUCGCUACCGUAG